CCACGUUCGAGCUCGGGACACUCUUUGAUAAUCGUCGACGACGGAUUCGCUGCAUCUAUGGAACAAUUUCCUCCACUCUCGCUAUCGCUGCCGUUAAAGGAAGAUGCCCUGCCAGAAGCACGGAGCUCGGAAUUCUCUGAGCCAAGCCAUCCAGACGGAGCCAGUGAAGUGGUUUUAAAUCGCGCCACACGAACUCAAGACUGGAUCGUUCAGGCGAAGUCGACCGCCCGUGAGAAUCCGACCGCCCCCGAGAAGUCGACCGCCCGUGAGAAUCCGACCACCCGUAAGAAGUCGACCGCUCCCGAGAAGUCGAUCAUUGUUCCCGAGAAGUCGAUUAUUAUCCCCGGAAAGUCGAUCAUUGUCCCCGCCUUACCAGCCUUCAGUCUCGAAGAUGCCAAAUGCGCGAUCGCAAACCUGCUUUCCAACGAAGAAGUCAAAAGCUCAACAGUCGAUCUGGUGCUUCCUCUGGUGGUCACCAUAACUUUAUCAACUGCGGUGUCUUCACUAUCUUGAAUGCCGCUUUCAUCGAAGACGAACCGACGGAUGCUCCAGUCGACGCGGCAGUUGUGCGAUAUUUGCUGGCUGCCAUCGUCGCCGUCAGAUAUGCCUUACCGUUCGAGGAACUCCCCGAGACCUGUCUGGCCCAUCUUCCCGAAGUGCAAUCCGUCUCCGAGACCCUCGACAUCCCCAACAUCUAUCGGAGAAUUCGCCAACUCCGCCAACAGAGGGAUCAACGCCGCAUCGAGCUGGGAAAACAUUGCCAAGCCCUCAAUGUUCAACGCACGACGCUGGCCUUGUUCGAGGGGUGGUUAUCACGCCAGAGACCGCCGCCGGGCUCAGGUGUCGAGACUCGCCAUGCCGUCGGGACCCUGGCGAACAUCACCACCAAACACGAGCUCGAUUUAGUGGCUUCUACACUCGGUGUUAACCCGAAGACGCUGCGGGACCGCAUGAAAGACCUAGGUGACCGGCUGGAGGCUAACAACCGGCGAACACAGCAGAAGACGGAGGAGUACCGCAAGGUGCUCGAAAUGCACACGAGCAUGCGGCUUACGGUCGAGCAGAGGCGGGAGCAUGCCUAG